AUGCAGCUAGGCCGAAAGACAUGGGCAAUUGAUGAACAUAAACACCUGCUCAUGAUUGUGUCAUCCAGAGAAGUCAAGCAAGUUGAUGCGGUGAUGCAGGUAGCAAAGAAGGCAUAUUCAGCCCAGUCCUUCACUGAGCAAGAAAUGGAGCUGGGCUUACUGUUUCUUCAGCUGGGAGGAACCUGGCUGGCAAGCAUCGCACACAAUGCCUUUGGCACCCCACUGUCACCACACUUCGGCACAAUCGACCAACAGAGCCACUCCGUAUCUCAACUGGGCUCCCAACUGCUCAUGAACUUCACCAUAAUCACUGAGCAGCCUAGCAAUGUUCAUGGGGCCUACAUUCUCAUGUUUGACAAGAUCAAGAUUGAAGAAGUUUCACGAUAUGACCCAUCCAUGAAUCACAUUGUUGGGAAAUGGGUUCUGGGUAAUCCAUUUCUUUCCGUCCUUAUAGACGACUUGGAAUCAUCGACCUCAUCCUUGGAGCUUUUGACAGAAAGCUGGGACCUCGCGGUGAAUGGGAGUCUGCUGCAACGGAUACUUGGUGCUUGUUACGUGAGCAUACCAUGCAUGGAUGUAUAG